UAAGUGGGUACCCAUUUAAUUACUCGAAUGUUCUUAUAAACAAGUUUUAACGGGUAGGAUACCCGCUACCCAUUUAAAUUACCAUAAAAUUUAUUUAAUAGUUAUUUAAUUUAAACGGGAUUUAAUCGGGUUCAGGUAGUAUACGGGUAUUCCUAUUAGGAUUUGGAACGGGUUCAGGUAACAAGGAAAACUUUUUAAUCGGAUUUGGGCCGGGUUUGGGUAUUUAUUGUUUAAAUGGGUUCGGGUUUGGAUAUCAUUAAAUGGGCGGGUACCUUACCCGUUGCCAUCCCUAACUUCGCCUACAGAAGACAAAAAGAUAAUUCCAUGAUAAAUCGUCCAACUAUUUAAGAAAAUAAGUGUGGCUUAGGUCAAGACACAGUCGCUGAUAGUAGACCGCACCACCACCACCACCACCACCAGGCGGAGUAACAGCUUUCUUGUGGAACGCAUUUUUUAUCUUGCAAUUUUAAACACCAUAUAACAGACGCAACAUCUUCUCUCUUGCGGCGAUGUGGAGGAACUCAGUGAGUUUCUCAGCAAAACUACUAUUAAACCCUAAUUAUCAUCAUCAUUAUCAUCACCGUAUCCAUGGAGCAGGGCCUCUGCCUAGUUUUGCUGCAUUUGCUCGGUGCUCAUCAACAUCAACAUUUACUGGCACCACAUCACCUGCAGAUUCUUUAAAAUUUGAUGGAACUGGUGCUUUUUCUUUGAGUUCUGCAGUGAACUUGGCUCGCCGCUAUAGCCGCUGCUAUUGGGAGCUUUCUAAAGCUCGCCUCAGCAUGUUAGUGGUUGCAACUUCUGGAACUGGAUAUGUACUUGGGAGUGGCAACGCUGUUGAUUUUGCUGGACUUUGUUGGACCUGUGCUGGUACUAUGAUGGUUGCAGCAUCUGCCAACUCAUUAAAUCAGGUGUUUGAGAUCAAUAAUGAUUCCAAAAUGAAAAGAACAAGGCUAAGACCACUGCCUUCUGGCCGUCUCACAGUACCUCAUGCCGUGACCUGGGCAUCUUCUGUUGGUUUAGCUGGCACUGCUAUAUUGGCAAGCAAGGCUAAUAUGUUGGCAGCUGGUCUUGGAGCUUCCAAUCUUAUUCUAUAUGCAUUUAUCUAUACACCAUUGAAGCAGAUUCACCCAGUUAACACAUGGGUUGGGGCUGUUGUUGGUGCCAUUCCACCACUGUUAGGGUGGGCUGCUGCUUCUGGCCAGGUUUCACUUAAUGCAAUGAUUCUUCCUGCUGCACUUUAUUUUUGGCAAAUACCCCACUUCAUGGCCCUUGCUUAUUUGUGUCGCAAUGAUUAUGCUGCCGGAGGGUUUAAGAUGUUCUCUCUUGCUGAUGCUUCUGGACAGAGAACUGCAUUGGUGGCUCUUAGGAACUGCCUGUAUCUGGUUCCAAUGGGUUUUCUAGCCUAUGAUUGGGGUGUUACCUCUGGUUGGUUUUGUCUUGAAUCAUCACUCCUGACUCUAGCAAUUAGUGCUUCAGCGUUUUCAUUCUGCCGGGACCGAACAAUGAAGAAGGCUAAGAGGAUGUUUCAUGCUAGUCUUCUGUAUCUUCCUGUUUUUAUGUCUGGGCUUCUAUUUCACCGUCUCUGCGAUAACCAGGCAGGUCUUGCAGAAGAGACUGAGCUUUUAUCUUCCUCAAAAGCUGUAGUACGAGGCUCUGGAAAUGAUGAUCGGAAGACCAAAGAAAGGCAUAGAAGUGCUAGUGUACAAGCACGUCCACCUGUAGCAUAUGCUUCUGUUGCUCCAUUUCCUUUUCUGCCUGCUCCUUCAUAUGCUACUCCAUGAUUUUCUGAGUUUCAGGCUGCUGUAUCACUUUAAUUUAAUAAGAUAGGCCAUCGAAUGUCAGUACGGCCUUCUUAUUACUUUCCUUUUGGGUUCUUUUUGCCCUACCCCUGAUUCUUUAGGGUUUCUUUUCUUGUUCUGCUGUCUUGUUUAUGACAAUACCUUCUUUUAGGUGUUUGAUCAAUUAGUUCCUUGUAAAUUGGCUGUAUUAUUCAUGCAGCAGAAUUUCGCGAGUUUGGUUUAAUAAAUGGUCUCCAGGACUGCAGGAGAUGAGAGACCAAAGUAACUGUUGCUUUCCAACAA